UGCAGAAGCUGAAAGGGGAGGUUUCUGUAGCAGUGAGGGAGGGAGGCAGUUUGCGUGCUGCUGCUGUCAUGAUUGCACUCACUGCUUGUGUGCAGCCACCCUCAAGUGUGCAGUAAGCUCUGCAAUGGAACCAUCAAGUUAAAUAUAUACAGAAAGUAAUGUCCAUUAGAAAAAAUAAAUAAGUAUCGGACUCUGCAUUCUACAUUCCGCAAUUAAAAUGUUUAGGUUGCUAUUUUUGAAAUCCUUGGCUCAUUCCAAGCUACGGAAGUCAUGGCUGUCAACUCUGAGCUCUCUUGUUGGCGAGAAGAAUCUCAUACUGAUGGGGCCUCCGGGUUCCGGGAAGACCUCUGUUGGUAGAGUACUUGGUCAGAAGUUGGGUUGCCCGGUAAUCGAUGUGGAUGAUGAUGUCCUUGAAAAAAGCUGGGACAUGAGUGUCUCUGAUAAGUUGCAGGAAGUUGGUGAUGAACAGUUUGUAGAGGAGGAAGGAAAAGCUCUUUCAAAGUUCUCUGCAUCUGGAAGUGUCAUUUCCCUGACUGGGUCCAAUCCUCUGCACGCUGGCAGCAUGGAACACACAAAGAAAAAUGGAAUAGUUGUUUAUCUUGAUGUCCAUUUACAGGAUAUACUAGAGAGGCUUGAGAGAAUGAAAGUGAAUCGCAUUGUUGGUCAAAGGUCCGGAAUUUCAAUUGGUGACAUACUUCAGAAGAGGAAGCAGUUCUAUAAAAAGUGGUAUGACGUGCGUGUGUUUUGUCAGACAGGGGAUUGCAUAGAAGUCAUGGCUGACAACGUCAUUGAUGCAGUGAAAAGAUAUCAGAAUGGACAGUGUGAGACCUUUGUGUCUACACGAUCUCAUGGCUCUGAAAGACAGACAAUCAAAAGUCAGCCAAAGUUCUUCAGUGAUGUGCUUAUAGAAGGCCUCGCCGCUGAUGGAGGGCUCUAUGUUCCAAAAAACGGCUUACCAAAGCUCACCCCUGGUGAAUGGGGCAGACUAGUGCAAUCAUCUUAUGCUGAAAGGGCGCAGAUCAUUUUGGAAAAAUGUAUACACCCAUCGGAUAUCCCAUCCGUAGUUUUAGGAGAAAUUAUUGAAAAAGCGUAUGGUGAUAAUUUUGAUUGCCGUAAGAUUGCUCCAGUCAGACACUUGUCAGGCAAUCAAUUUGUCCUUGAACUUUUUCAUGGGCCAACAGCUUCCUUCAAGGACUUGGCAUUACAGUUCAUGCCUCAUAUGUUUGCCUAUUGUAUUCCAAAAGUUUGUAACUACCUAGUCUUAGUAGCAACUUCUGGAGACACAGGAAGCGCCGUCCUCGAUGGGUUCAGUCGCCUCAGUGACCUUGACAAGCGCAGAAUUGCUGUGUUUUGCCUGUACCCUGAAAAUGGAAUAAGCGAAGUGCAAAAAUCCCAAAUGAUUGCCUGCCAGGGAGACAACGGAUUGGCGAUGGGAGUCCAGUCUGAUUUUGAUUUUUGUCAGAAUUCUAUAAAAGAAAUGUUUACCAAUCCGGAGUACACUGGCUAUCUCACAGCUGAAUAUGGCACAUCUCUAACUACGGCUAACUCCAUCAACUGGGGUAGACUGCUUCCUCAGAUUGUCUACCAUGCAUCUGCCUAUCUUGACCUGGUUAGCCAAGGUGUUAUAACAUUUGGGAGCCCAGUCGAUGUAUGUAUUCCCACAGGAAACUUUGGAAAUAUACUGGCUGCACUUUACGCAAAACAAAUGGGAAUUCCAAUGCGAAAAUUCAUUUGUGCAUCCAAUCAAAACAACGUUUUGACUGAUUUUAUAAAUACUGGACUGUAUGAUCUCAGGGGCCGAACAUUGCUGCAGUCCUACUCUCCAGCCAUUGAUAUCCUUAAAUCGUCCAAUUUAGAACGAUAUUUACAUCUCCUAACAAACAGAGAUGGUCGCCUCGUUAGUGAACUUCAGAGCCAGCUGCUGAGCCAUGGUCAUUUUCAGUUGCCGGAUAAUUUAUUCCGCCGUUUGCGGCAGGACUUUGUUGGCGAUUGGUGCUCGGAGACAGACUGCUUGUCGACCAUCCGCUCUGUUUAUGAUAAAACAGGAUACAUUCUGGACACGCACACAGCUGUUGCCAAAGUAGUUGCAGAUCGAAUGCAGGACCGUACAUGUCCAGUUAUCAUUUCAUCCACAGCUCAUUAUUCCAAGUUUGCACCUGUUAUUUUACAAGCUUUGAGGAUUGAAGAAAUGAAGCAAAGUCCUCUAAGUCAGCUGCAUGUGUUAAAUUCCUUCCACCCUUUGCCUCCUGCUCACAGAUCUAUGAUAGCGAUGCUUAAAGGGCAGCAAACUCACAAGAGCCAUGUUUGCGAGGCCGAUCCAAGCCAUAUUAUGCAAAAUGUUGACUGCUACCUACAAAAUGUAUUUUUGAAAGUCCAUUAAAGGGUUUGCCAGCUCAGUUCUUUUAAAGUUUUUUCUUUAAAAAGUUAGAUGAUUUAUAAGGGAGAAAUAAACGUAUUUCCACAUCGUUACUGCACUAAGCAUAGCCAAACUACCUCUCUGAGUGGAAGAAGUUCUGAAUAUUACGCUAAUGUAGAUCAGCCACGAUAUGGUUGUAAGUUGUUCACAUUUAACAAAUUUUAUGCAAGUGGUGGUUUCACGUGGCGUAAAUGGGCAUUUUAAUCUAACACUGAAUCAUCGCCUUAAUGUAUUUUUCUAUAUGAUAAAUUAGUUUUACUUAAGACUGUUUUUUUGGGUUUGUUUUUAUUUUAUUUUAAUGCCACUUAUAGGGGCAAGGAAAUUAUCUCAAAACAAUAUUAUCCCUGCUUUGGCAACACAUAUGCAGGUUCCUUAGUGCAAUUCCGUGGCAUGAUGUGUCAUGUGACUUGCACUGCCAAGGACUUUAAAUUAAUUUCAGUUUUGCAAACUGCGGAAACUGUAAUGGCAGAGAUGGUUAAAAAAAGAUAUAGGGGGUCAAUAUGUUAUAUUAGCCAAGUUGUGACAUAAGCAGUGUGACACCUACAGCUUGGCGUGAUAUCUGGGGAAAUGAUGGAGCACAGCUGAGGGGUGUAGUCGGUGAAGAGGAGACUGAGGAAAACUGCAGUAAAUUGAAAACUGUGCUGAGAAUAGAUACUUGAACAAAGAACUGUUCCCUAGAUGCAGGAGCUGAGACAGAUGGCUAAUCCAGAGCAGGUAGUCAAUUGCCAUGGCAAAUAUGGUAGUGCUUAGAAAUCAGAUAUAGGCCCUCUGGGUGGAGUCCACAAUCAUUAACUCUUUCCUGGCUGUAGGAACACGUUGUGAGUUGUAGGUAAAUGUGUCAUGAAAUUACCAAUGAGCUGGACGAAGUUCCCUUUUGGUAUUGUUAAGUUGCUAUGAUUGUGGUCUUUGAAAUAAACUAUUGUCAUAGACUUAAGUUGUAUUAAAGUUAAACAUUAUAUCAUA